UGAGCGGUUUGUUUGGAAAUGGCGCCUGCUUCGAAAGACGAGCUUGUACGACUUGUGUAUGAUGCACUGCAGGCUGCGUCUUGUCCCUUGGUGGAAGGUCUGUACCUACAGGACACAGACAGCAUGUUGCAGCUGCUCUGUACGCCCUCUCAGCACCGCACUGACAUCCUGUUAUGGAUCUGCAGCAGUAUCAACCAAAAUUUUGACACUUCCAAGUCGAUGGCAAAGAGGUGUAAAGACUCAGAUGUUGUAACUAAAGAAAUGGCUCUGCUUGGGCAGGAGCUGAUGCUGUGCAAAGCAGGUGACCUGGAUCUGAUCAGGGGUGAAGUGAGUCCUUACCGGCAGCUUCAAUUCCUGGAGGAGCUUUUAACUCUAGUGCCAGGCUGCAGGAAGUCUGCUGGGCACAAAAUGGAUGCAGAGAUGUUACUGAACGAGGUGUUUUCAGCUGAGAAUCUGCCUCACCUCUCACAAAUGCUUGAACCCACAUUCAACCCCUGGCCUGCACACAUCAAAGCUUUACAAAAAGGCCCCAAGUCCUCUCACAAGCCCAGUAGAGAAGAUGCUGCUGAUGUGGCUGCCCUUCUUCAAGAGACUCAGUCAGCACUGGAGCAGCUACAGUCAGAGUGUGACUUCCUGAAGGAGGCCCAGAGUCCUGACGUCUUCUCUCCCAGCUCAUUGCGUGUGGCAGCGUGUGACCUCCAGCAGUUGAUGGCUACUUUCAGCCAUGUGUAUGAAACAGACUUGAGAGCUUACUGCAGCAGAGACCCACCCAGCCUCAGCACAGAGACCACUGUCUUCCAGAGAGUACACCAACUGCUGCUGGACUGCAACACGGAGCUUGAUAUGUUAAAUGAAGUGUCAGAAGCUUCUGCGUCCAUAAGUGAAGAAGUUAAUGUGCUACAAACACAACCUCGCUACUGGAGGAGAGGAGAGAAGCACUCGCUACCGGACCAACUGGCAGAACUUACCAGGAGAAGUAAAGACUUUCUCUCACUGAUGGCAACAACUUCAGACCAUCACCAUAAAUAACUGAGUGCUGAAGUGAGCGAAGCAGUUGGAAUAAUGCAGUAACAGUGGGAGGCCGUUCAAAGGCUCAUCUGUACUUGUGUUAAAACUCAGAGUUGUGACCACUAAGGAUUGUGUUGUUUCAUUUCACAAAAGUUUACCAGUGAGAGCGACUGGUUGCAUAGACACAUUACUCAUCUUUUUCAACAGUUUGAUGGAGCCGUCUGUCUGUGAAACACACACUGCGAACAAUUCAUCUUUUUGGCGGAAAGCUAUUGUAAAUUUCAAUGUAAUAAAUUCAAUAUUAAUAAAAAUGUAAGCUACAAGCA